UGUGAACGCUCGAUCCGGGGCAGAGAAGAGUAAAUCAAUAAUCCAAUGUUCCUGAGAAAAAAGCUGAGCUGUUUCCAUUUGUCAUUUAUACAUAAGUGUAUGCCACUGUGUAUUAUAUUGUUGAAUUGAUGCUUAACACGUCGGUGUGGAUUUUAUCUCUCAAAGUGCCAUAAAUUCAAGUUUUUGUUCAACUUUGCUACCUCUAAACUCACACGUUGGAAUUUCUGUUUUGCCGGUGUGCCGGUGCGUUUGAUAAAUUAUUUGAAAAAAAGGAAAGAAUUAGAGCGGGAAAGGUCGAUAUUAUUUGCAUAUUAAGUAGAUCGAUUGUAUGUCUGUUUGGAAUAAUUACGAGAAAAGUGGUUUACUCUGUAAAUAAGUGUCCUGACAGGCAGCAAAUUCGCAUUUCAAAUUGGAUGUAAAAUAAUUACCGUAAACACUCAAAUAAAUAGUAGGACAUCAGAGUGUCCAGCAAUGGCGAGCAGAACUCCAGUAAAGAAAGUGCCUAUUCAUUUGCAGAGUGCACAGUCUAGGUUGUUCAUCAAAGGAGGAAAGAUUGUGAAUGAUGACCAGUCGAUCCAUGCAGAUAUAUACAUUGAGGAUGGAGUUAUCAAACAGAUUGGAACAAACCUGGUCAUUCCAGGAGGGGCUCGUACAAUCGAAGCACAAGGCAAGCUGAUUAUACCCGGUGGUAUAGACACGCACACACACAUGCAGCUCCCUUUCAUGGGUACCCAGGCAGCGGAUGAUUUCUAUUCAGGAACAAAAGCUGCCCUCGCUGGUGGAACCACAAUGAUCAUUGAUUUUGUGUUAGACCAGAAAGGUGUACCGUUGUUAGAAGCAUAUGACAAAUGGCGUAAUUGGGCGGACAAUAAAGUGUGUUGUGAUUAUGGUCUACACGUUGCAGUAACUUACUGGAAUGAUAAUGUAGCUAAAGAAAUGGAAGUUUUAACAAAAGAAAGAGGUAUAAAUUCGUUUAAGAUGUUUUUAGCCUAUAAAGAUGUGUUUAUGUUAGAUGACAGUGAAUUAUACGCUUCUUUCAAAAGAUGUAAGGAACUAGGAGCUCUUGCAAUGGUACAUGCAGAGAACGGACAUCUUAUCGCAGAGAAAUCACUGGAGAUGAUUGAAGCAGGUAUAUCCGGACCAGAAGCACAUGAGAUGUGUCGACCAGAGGAGGUAGAAGCUGAGGCCACAAAUCGUGCCAUAAUGUUGGCCAAUCAGGCAAACUGUCCGCUAUAUGUUGUACAUGUGAUGAGCAAAUCCUCCGCAGAUGUUGUAUGUGCAGCACGUAAACGAGGAUGUGUAGUAUUUGGUGAACCAAUUGCCGCUAGUCUUGGUACAGAUGGUACCCAUCAAUGGAACAAAUGUUGGCGACAUGCAGCAGGUCAUGUGAUGGGGCCACCUCUUAGACCUGACCCAACCACACCAGCUUAUCUCAUGGAUCUUCUAGCUAAUGGUGAUUUACAAGUGACGGGAACAGACAAUUGUACAUUCAAUGCGGAUCAGAAGGCGUUAGGAAAAGAUGAUUUUAGAAAGAUUCCAAAUGGUGUAAAUGGUGUAGAAGAUAGAAUGUCUGUUAUCUGGGAAAAAGGAGUGAAUUCCGGUAAAAUGGACCCAUGUAGAUUUGUAGCUGUUACUAGUACUAAUGCUGCUAAAUUAUUCAACAUAUAUCCUCAGAAGGGAAGGAUUGCUGUAGGUUCCGAUGCCGAUAUAGUUAUCUGGGACCCGAAGCAAACACGUACAAUCUCUGCUAAAACCCACCACCAGGCUGUAGAUUUCAACAUCUUUGAAGGCAUGGUCUGCCACGGAGUACCAUUAUAUGUGAUCAGUAACGGACAUGUGGUCGUGGAUGAGGGACAGUUGAGAGUGACCCAAGGUCAGGGUCGAUUUAUCCCCACCCCAUGUAAUGCGGAAGCAGUGUAUGGAAGAAUAGAGGCAAGAGAAGUUGCCCGUAAACCAGCCAAGGUUGAAAGAGAAGUAUAUGAAGGACCUGUCACACAGGUGAAGAUGAACAGUGUAGAAAUGACGCCACCCCAGCAUCGUAACAAAACCACAAAUGUAGUCAUGGGUGAUGACACAUCGGAUCAGUUCCACAACAGGCCGCCAACAAGAUCUGGAGGUCGAAACCAACAGGACUCUAGCUUUUCUUUCAGUGCUGAUAAAAUUCUACGGAAAAUAUUAUUGCGAUGUGAAGGUGGGUGUGCGGAUUUAGAUUCCGGUGGGGAAUAUGAAUCUUGCGGAAAUUACGAGCUAUACGGCAGUCAAGUUGACGAUGCUGUACCAACACGACAUAAAAUCAAAGUCUCCAAUCCACCAGGAGGAAAAGCGUCAGGUCUCUGGUAGAAUGCCAUAUAGAAUCUUCAAAUUUUCCGAUGUACAAUUCAGUAUAGACAUUAAGUUACGCAUAACUACAGCAAGGACAUUCUUACGUUUAUCUCAUUUCAUUUGGACAUGUUUGAUUUUGCUAGUUUUAAGAAAGGACUGAAGUGGUGUUGAAGGCAAGCUAAAUGCUGUCGUUCUGUGUGGUUCGGUUUCGGGGGCCAUUUUAUUGCGAGCAUUUAGUAGUUAACAGAUAAUCAUCUCUCGGGGAGAAUUGUGGUUAACUGCUAAUUAAAGUCGGUGCAGUUAACCAGUUUUUGCAUCAAGGUAACGAUACACUUCCUGUGAAUGUUACAUUUGAUUUCAGUGGCCAGAUUACAAAAAUUAAUUUCAAAUUAUUUUUUUAAAAGGAAAAGCGAGUUGUUUUUUUUAUCGGCAAGAAAAUUAGGUUGAAAUUUCUUAGAUUGAAUAAAAAAAUAUUCAGAAGAAAAUGAAAAGAAAUGCUGUUAACUGGAGAUGCGUUGCUAGGCAAUAAUAUAUUCCAAGUAGUGAUGAUUUUUAUAUUGGUGAUUUUCAUGUCCUAUAGGGCAAAGUCUCAGAUAAGUUGAGAUAUAGGUAUGUAAGAGGUUUUCAAGCUUAUGUGUUCAUCAUGUAUUUUUAUAUAUCCUGCUUUUUGUAUCCUUUCCUAAAGCUCAAAUUGAUUUUCUCCUCAUUUGUCAUCACUGAAGCUGCCAAUUAGAUCUACAAAGUCAUGUCAUCCACAACUUAAAGUAUUUCAGAUCAGUUUAUGCGAUAUACAAUAUACGCUGGCAGGGUUAUUUAUUAACACAGAAAAAUUGUCUCGUCUGCAAUUGUGUUAACUGUUGAACAGUUCUUAAUUAAAGUUUGCCUUUAUAUAUGACAAAGGACUAUUCUGCAUGAUCUGCAAGUUCAAACUUAAGAAUAAAUUAUAUCCAUCUUUGAAUAAACAGAAGUCGGGAACUUCAAACAUUUUUUACAGGUCAUUUUCUUGCGUAAUUCUUGUGCGAAUUUGUAUUAAUAUAGUAAAACUUGCUGCCUUGCUUUUUAUGAUGUAUGAAUGAAAAAAAAAGCUAACCUUUAAAUUGAUUGUCUGUGUAUAUUGUCUUUUUAUAGGAUAAUAAAUUUGUCAUCGUUUUUAGAAUAAUUUAUAAUACUGUACAAUGUUUUGUAUUUCAUGAUGUAUUUUUCAGACACAUGGGCUGAAUAUUAAAAUUUCAGACACAUGGGCUGAAUAUUAAAGCAUAUUGUUGAAAUUUUUAAAUACUGUAAAAUGUAUAUUUAGAAGUUGUAGAUAUAUUGUAAAUGCUUGAGUUAGUAGUCCUCAGUCACUCUUUUUAACUGUUUUGGUAGUUGUAAAAUGAAAUAAGUAGCAAAAAUUCAAUUUUUUGCAAAUGGCACAUUAAAAACAAAGGGAGGUAACUUAGAUGCCUAGUUAUACAGUUUAAAAUUAAGUAUUCAAGAUUACCUGAAUUUAGCUAGAUACUGCACUAUAUAAUUCUGUUAGCUAAAGUAUGUGCUUAAUAUUUCUUCAAGCAGUGACUUGGUCUGUUCAAUAUUUCCUAGAUGCAAUUUUUUCUUCUAACGUUUUGAUAAAUUUAAUUCAGUCAUAUAAAUUUAGAUGUCACCAUACUGUAAAAAUACCCAGUAAUAUUAUGACUGAGGUAAAACCAGUUUUUUGACUUGAUGUAGUUUGAUAUGUGUAUUAAUAAAAUAUACUUUUUUUCUCGGUGUAGUACAUUUUUUUGUGUAAAGUGGUAAAAUGAAUCUUUUGUUCUAUUUUAAAGCCUCACUGUAUUUGUUUAUUAAGUUUAUACUUGGCUAAAGAUUAAAGUAUACCCAGUAGAAA